AUGACCAAGAAGAUCCAACAUUGCUGUUAUACAUGCCACAAAGUGUUCAACGAUGGCGAUGACUUGCGGAGCCAUGUUCAGUAUUUCCAGGUCCGUCACUUCGCGCUGCCCCCAUGGAUCGCCGCUCUAAUGUCCACUACACAGUAUGAGAUCCAGGAAUUGCUGGCUAGACUGAUCGAAGUCCAGGCACACUUGCCUCCAUCUAAUUUAGACAACAUCUCUAGCGAUGAUAGCGACAACGAGGAUACUGGUACCGAUUUGGAUGCAGCACGUGGCAACCACCGCCACCGAUGCCCCGAUCCCAAACGUCUCAGGAGGGAAAGCUUCAAAGAGAAGCAAGGACUCGAGAUCCAUUAUCAGAAGCACGUCAAGUGCCUCGAGAUAUGUGCUUGUGGCAAUAUAUUCACCAAUGUGCGGGCAUUUAUCAGGCAUAAGUGCAAAAGUUCGACGGCAAAAACACCCAAGGAGAGAAUCAAACACUGGCGGAGCGUUUCCAGGCAGAAGAUGGUCGUCCUCGAGAAGCAGCGGGCUCCAACAGGACUCAGUGUCAGCAACAGGAAGCGGAUGUUGGCGGAGACUGAGCCGUUGCCAAACCCGCCCUCCAAGCGGCCUCGGGUGUCUGAUUCCCACACUCUCAGCCAAGCCAAUGGGUGCCACGAAGCGGUAUAUCUAUACGACCCAUCUACCCUGUCACCAUCGCUCCCAGGUCGAAUUGGUGGAACGCCCACUGUGUCCAACCCCUUACCGGCGCCGCAAGCUUUUGUCGCUGGUGGAGCAGCAGUGCCGAGCUUCGUUCCAGAAAGCAUAACCGCGCCAAUAUUCUGGGACAAUACAAUACCUCCUUUCCCUAUCCCACAACCGCCUGAUGCAUCAUGUUUUCCACCAAACACUACUUUCAGUAGGAACACAGAGGCUCACCAGCUUGACACGUCUUCUUACUACACCUUGCCGGGUUCGGCAGACUAG